AUGAGGCUGCCGUCGGCCGUGGCGCUGGCGCUGCCCGCGCUGGGCCUCGGGACCUGCGAGCUCGACUGCGACGCCGCCGGCGCCUGCCGGGCGCGCUCCAGGGCCGGGGGCUGCACCUACGACGUCGUCUGGGCGCCACCGAAGCCGACGCUCGUGGGCGGCCAGGCGGUCACGAGCCUGCGCGUCUUCGUCGGCGACGCCGUCAACUUCGCGCCGAGCCUCGAGGGCUCGUGGCAGAAGCACGACCUGUGGGCCCUCGCGAGCGCCGCGGCCCUGGACCACUGCGACUUCUCGCCGUCGCGCGAGGUCGCGCCCGCGGCCGACGUCCGCGACGGCCGCGUCGUACAAAUGGAGGAGCCGGGCAUCACCUACUUUGCGUGCGCCCAGGAGCUCCACUGCAAGAUGGGGCUGAAGCUCGCCGUGAGCGUGGCGCAGGGCGUCCCGACGUGCCACCGCCACGGCGGCGGCGAGGUCGCCGCGGCGGCGUCGCCGUCGUGCGGCUCCGGGCGCGAGCGCGUGCGCGCCCUGGGCCUCGACGGCGCUUUGCUCGGCGCCGGCGUCGGCCAGUGCGCCGAGGCCUGCGUCGCCAACGGCGAACGCGCGAGCCUGGGGGCCGUGGAGGACGGGAGCUGCGUCGACGCCGGCUACGCUUUGAAGCUCGACUCGGACUUCGCCGCGCCCGCGGAGGCGCGGGACGUCGCGCUCUGGGCGCCCGCCGGCGCCUGCCACUGCCACGAAUCGGAAAAGGCCAUCAGCUGCGGCCGCGACGGCGACGGCGCGCGCGAGAAGCAGGUCAAAAACAUCGACCGCUACUGCGGUUCGACGUGCCCGUCGCAGUGCGCGGACGCCUUCGCCCUGCUCCACCAGCACUACAUGACCUGCGACGGCGCCGUGGCCCCGGCGCCCUCCUACGCGGCCGUCGCCGCCGCGGGCGCCUGCGCCGCGCCCGCGGCGCGGCCAAAGAAGUCCGACGACUGCCCGCUGCCCUACACGCUGACGAUCGACAGCGGCCACGCGGACAAGGCCGCGUACAACGCCGCCGUCGACGGCGUGAAUCUGAUCCUCCUGUGCGGCUUCAUUUCCGUCGGCCUCGUCGCGCUCCAGUUGGUGCGCGACCGGUUCGGCAAACGCGCGGAGAUGGACCGCAUCCGCCGGUCGCCGGGCGAGGACGAGGCGGAGGAGCCGCUCGCGGCCGCGGAGCGGGGCAAGGCGCGCCGCGCGUCCUUCGAGCCGGCGCGGCGCGGCUCGUCGAGCCGCGCCGCGGCGCUCGCGCGGCUCGAGGGGCGCGCCGCGCCGCCGCCGCCGGCGCGCGCGCCGCGGCGGCCGUCGACGCUGAACCCCGAGGGCGACCGCGACGUGUCCGUCGACUUCAACGGCAAGACGCUCGGCAUCGCGUUCCACGGCGACGGCACGGUCAAGGGCUGCGCGCCGGGCGGCGAGGCCGAGGGCCGCGUCAAGCCCGGCUGGCGCGUCGUCCGCGUGGGCAACGAGCGGACGAGCUCGGACGCGGAGGUCCGCGAGGCCGUCAUGGCGCACCCGGAGCGGCCCCUCCGCCUCGUCUUCCGGCCCCCGAAGGCGGCGGCGCCGGCGCCGGGGCCGGCCCCGGCGCCCCGGCCCGCGCCCCGGCCGGCCCCGGCGCCCCGGCCGGCGCCCGCGCCCCGGCCGGCCCCGGCAGCACCCGGGGGCAAGCGGAUCUCCUUCGACGGCGCGAGCCUCGGCGUCGGCUUCGACGCCUCCGGCGUCGUCAAGGGCUGCAAGCCCGGCGGCGAGGCGGAGCGAAAAGGCGUCGCCGUCGGCGACCGCAUCGUCGCCGUCGGCGCGGCGGCCGUGGGCGACGACCAGGCGAUCCGCGCGGCCGUCGCGGCGCACCCGCAGCGGCCCGUCGCGCUGACCUUCGAGCCCGCGCGGGCGCCGCGCCGCGUCGUCUUCGCGGGCCCGACGCUGGGCAUCGCCUUCGAGCCCUCGGGCGUCGUCAAGGGCGUCCAGCCGGGCGGCGAGGCGCAGCAGAAGGGCGUCCGGGCCGGGGACCGCGUCGUCAAGGUCGGGGCGGCCGCGGUGACUACGGACGCGUCCAUCCGCGCGGCCGUCGUCGCGCACCCCGCGCGGCCCAUCGAGCUCACGCUCGCGUGA